AUUGUCUGCAGCUUCUAAUUCACAGACAGCUUGUAAACACACACACUUGCACAACUGGAAAGCAGUGUUCUCCAUCCCUUCUGCUCUCUUUCCUGGGCUGGGUAACGACUUCCAGACGCUGCUUUCUUCUUUAUUUUUCCUCUCUUUUUUUUUUUUUUGUUUGCAUCUUUGGAUGCUGCCAACGUAUCUCCCUCAGCCGUCACUAACAGGAUUUAUUAUUUUCUAUUCACAAAGAGAGAGGGCGAGCAGGAAGAGAGCGAGAGAGCGAGAGAGAGAGAGAGGAGGAGGCAGCAAGCUAACGGGGAUCCGAUGGCUCUUUAGGACUCAUGUUGAGCUAAGGAGCCCCAGGGCGGUCUGUUUGUAGCAGGCUAACAAGGAUAUAUGCUCAUUUCAGCUGUUUAAUUGGGCAGAGGACUUUUGUACCUGAAACCAUGGACCUUGGAAAAAUGGCUGUCAGCAUCAACAAGGCCAUUAAUGCUCAAGAGGUUGCUGUGAAGGAGAAGCAUGCCAGGACCUGCAUCCUGGGGACGCAUCACGAGAAGGGCGCGCUCACGUUCUGGGCCGCAGUCCACCGGCUCCCCCUCUCCAGCAACGCCGUUCUCUGCUGGAAGUUCUGCCACGUCUUCCACAAGCUGCUGCGUGACGGCCACCACAGUGUCCUGAAAGACUCCAUGAGGAACAAGGCAGACAUGACUGAUAUGAGCAGGAUGUGGGGGCAUCUGAGCGAGGGAUACGGCAAGCUGUGCAGCAUCUACCUCAAACUGCUCAUCACCAAAAUGGAGUUCCACAGCAAGAACCCACGCUUUCCUGGGAACCUCAUGAUGACAGACAAGCAGCUGGACGAGGCCGGCGAGAAUGACGUCAACAACUUCUUCCAGAUGACGGUGGAAAUGUUUGACUAUCUGGAGUGUGAGCUGAACCUGUUCCUGGCAGUGUUCAGCUCUCUGGACAUGUCCCGCUCCGUGUCUGUGACGACAGCUGGUCAGUGUCGACUGGCCCCCCUCAUUCAGGUCAUCCUGGACUGCAGCCAUCUGUACGACUACAUCGUGAAACUGCUCUUCAAACUGCAUUCCUGUCUCCCUGCAGAUACCUUGCAAGGCCACCGAGACAGAUUCCAGGAGCAGUUCAGGAAAUUAAAGGAUCUGUUCUACCGAUCAAGUAACCUGCAGUAUUUCAAGAGGCUCAUUCAGAUCCCACAGCUGCCAGAGAACCCCCCGAAUUUCCUGCGUGCCUCGGCCCUGUCGGAGCACAUCAGCCCGGUGGUGGUGAUCCCGCUGGAGAGCUCCUCCCCCGACAACGAGCCCAGCGUGGAGACCGAGGAGCUGGUGGACAUGGACACUGCGCUGCAGCCGACUCAUGUCGAAAGCAAAUUUGACAACCUCUUCGGAACCUCUUCAGCCAGCGAUCCGUUUAAUUUCAACAGUCAGAAUGGGAUGUACAAGGAUGAUAAAGACCGUCUCAUCGAGCAGCUAUCCAGAGACAUCAGGGCUCUGAAGGAGGAGCUGGAGACCUUCAAGGCUGAGAGUCACCGGCUGUGCCAGGCCCUGCGGGGGAGGAUCAGUGAGCUGGAGGCGGAGCUGGCAGAGCAGACGCACCUGAAGCAGCAGGCGCUGGACGAGGGGGAGUUCCUGCGAGCCGAGCUGGAGGACCUGCGCAGGAGGAGGGAGGACACGGAGAAAGCACAGCGCAGCCUCACCGAGGUCGAGAAGAAAGCCCAGGCCAACGAGCAGAGAUACACCAAACUGAAAGAGAAGUACACAGAGCUGGUGCAGAGCCACGCUGAGCUGCUGAGGAAGAAUGCAGAGGUGACCAGGCAGGUGACGGUGGCGCGAGCGGCGCAGGACGAGGUGGAGAGUGUCCGGAGGGAGAUGCAGGAGAAGCUGAAGGAGGCUCAGGAGGAGAGCCAGCACAGAGAGAAAGAGCAGAGUGAGAAGCUGCAGAUCCUGCAGAGAGAGCUGGCUGAGAGUCGAGAGCAGCUGGGCACACUGCGAGCCUCCAUCACCUCCUCACAGCAGAUGAGCACGGAUCUGAGCUCCAAGAUCGAGGCUCUGGAGCAGGACAAGGGCGGGCUGGCUGAGGCGGUGACGCAGAAGGAGGCGGAGCUCUCUGUGUUGGGGGCGGAGCUAGAGCAGCUGCAGAGCACCCUGUCGAGCGAGCGGGAGAGCGCAGUGAAAACAGCAGAGGCGCUGCAGAACCAGCUCAACGAGAAGGAGAGCCGUGAGCAGGCCCUGGAGAGGCAGCUGGCAGCAGAGAGGCUGGCCCUGCUCAGGAGCAGCGUGGAGGAGGGGGAGAGGAUCAUCCAGGACGCGCUGGCCCGGCUCGAGCACCCCGCUCACAUCGGCUGCACCAGCUCCGCAGAUUACCUGGUAUCCAGAAGCCAGGCUGCGCUGGAGUCCCUCAACAGGCUACAGGCGGGCCGGCAGCAGUACCUGAGCGACCCGACAGAUGUGAGUGAGCUGCUGCGGGCAGUCGCCCAAUUGGCCCACCUGGUGGGGGACACGAUCGUGCAGGGCAGCGCCACCUCCCACAUGGCCCCCCUGGAGCAGGCAGACAUGCUCUCCGAGGCUGUGAAGUCCUGUGGGGGGGACGCCCUGGCGUUCCUGCGGCUGCUGAAGGAGGAGGAGACCCUGGGCAGCGCUGACAGCACCGUGCUGAGGGAGGGCCUGGCCAGGAUCACCAGCAUUGGGGAGGAGCUGAGACCGAAGGGUCUGGACAUUAACCAGGGGGAGCUGGGAGACCUGGUGGAGCACGAGCUGGCAGCCACCUCGGCAGCAGUGGAGUCUGCAGCAGCCAGAAUUGAGGAAAUGCUGAGCCAGGCCCGAGCUGCGGACACCGGGAUCAAAAUGGAGGUCAAUGAGAGGAUCCUGGCCUCCUGCACUGACCUGAUGCAGGCGAUCAAGGUGCUGAUCCUGUCCUCCAAGGACCUCCAGCGUGACAUCGUGGAGAGCGGGAGGGGGGCAGCAUCGACUAAGGAGUUCUAUGCGAAGAAUUCCCGCUGGACAGAGGGCCUGAUCUCAGCCUCCAAGGCUGUGGGCUAUGGAGCCACGGUGAUGGUAGAUGCAGCAGACCUGGUCGUCCAGGGCAAGGGCAAGUUCGAGGAGCUGAUGGUGUGUUCUCACGAGAUCGCAGCCAGCACCGCGCAGCUAGUGGCCGCUUCCAAGGUGAAGGCCGACAAGGGCAGUGCCAACCUGGUCAGACUACAGCAGGCCUCCCGCGGGGUGAACCAGGCCACCGCCAGCGUCGUGGCUUCAACCAAGAAUGGCAAGGCCCAGAUCGAGGACACGGAGACCAUGGACUUCUCCAGCAUGACCCUCACUCAGAUUAAGAGGCAGGAGAUGGACUCCCAGGUGCGCGUGCUGGAGCUGGAGAACAACCUGCAGAAGGAGCGUCAGAAGCUGGGCGAGCUGAGGAAGAAGCACUACGAGCUGGCCGGAGUGGCAGAGGGCUGGGAGGAGGAGGAGGGGACAGGCGCUGGCUGCUGAGAUCCUAGCAGGAGACCUGUUUGCGUGGGUUGAUUCCAGCAACCUCCAGUUUUAUAGUUUUGUGUUUUUUUUUUUUUUUUUAAUUCAAAGCCAAAUAAACGGUGCUGUUCUCAACCAGACCUGCUUGUCCUCCCUCGCACACUCCAGCUUCAAAAACUUUUGGAACAAUAAGAUAUAUAUGAGUUUGAAAAAAAAAAAACCUCAAGGAACACUAUUUGAGACUUGUGUGUAGAUGAUGGGUCUGUCUCUGGCGCCACCCCCAGGACGGUUGGAGAACUACAGUACAGAUGAGCCUUCAGUUUUCAUUACGGAUGAGUUGUAUUUCAUCAGAUCACAAACCUGUAUGAUGACAACUUACCAACCAAGUUUCAGUUACAACCUGUCUACAAAGCAACCCGCGAAGACUGAUUCCGACGGGUCUUCACGGUUCAUAAAAGAAUGGAGCAGAUAAACUGCAAAUACCCCAAGCCUUCCUUCAACACAGACAUCUCCUCUGUCACCCAGUGUGAGCUGGGGUGGAGGCUACCUUACGAGGGGGAUAGAGGGUGAAUGAGGAUGGAUAAGGAGCCACAGCAGCGUGCUGUGGUUCAGACACUUCUUCUAGUUUGAUGAUUUGUGUUCCAUGUGGUGUUCUAAAGCUGCUCACAUUUCUUCUAGGGUUAAAUCAAUCAAUAAACAAAAUAAAACCGUGAUGCCAUCUCAACCUGAAUUAUGGAUUAUGCAACAAUACUUUUUAAAACUAGAACUCUUUCAGAACCUAGCAACUUUACAGAAAGACUACCCUUGCAUAACUCAGUUAAAUGGUUAUACUGAAAAUGAAAAGGUCACAUGGUAGAGAUCCAUUCCUGUAUAAUGGGUUACUGGUCUGCAGUGUAGAGUUCUCAUUCCUGUAUAAUGGGGUUACUGGUCUGCAGUGUAGAGUUUUCAUACCUGUAUAAUGGGGUUACUGGUCUGCAGUGUAGAGUUCUCAUUCCUGUAUAAUGGGUUACUGGUCUGCAGUGUAGAGUUCUCAUUCCUGUAUAAUGGGUCACUGGUCUGCAGUGUAGAGUUCUCAUUCCUGUAUAAUGGGGUUACUGGUCUGCAGUGUAGAGUUCUCAUUCCUGUAUAAUGGGUUACUGGUCUGCAGUGUAGAGUUCUCAUUCCUGUAUAAUGGGUCACUGGUCUGCAGUGUAGAGUUCUCAUUCCUGUAUAAUGGGUUACUGGUCUGCAGUGUUCAGAGGUGCUUCAACACUAAUAUGUUUUUACUGCAUGCCUCUCACAUCCAAGAGAUACAACAAGAUAAUUAAAUAUACAUAUUUACAAAUAUACAUAUUUUUAUCACUUAAAAUAAAUAGAGCAAACGUUUGCCUGAUUGAUGCACUACCUGUUACACUGCAUUUAGGAACCUGGCAGCCAGUGUGAUUGAACACAGUGCAUAAACCUGCACGAUUUCUUUAAAAUGUCUGCAACAAAAAAUAAACCACUUGCAUCAAAAAUCGAUAAUAUUUCUGUUAAAGAUUCCUCUAUCCAGCACAAGAGGACAUUUCUGUGAUUUUAUACUUUUUAUUUAUGUUUUUAUUUUGUUUGAUAAAUCACUGAAAGUGAAAAUAGAAUGUCUUUAAAAGGUGGACAUAAAAAACGAAAUAUUCUACCAUUUAACAUUUUAGUGUUUGAAACACCUGUUUUUAGACCAUGAAAUGCCAUGAAAUAACUCGUUUUUUACAGUAAGAUAAAUACAGCCCUGAAAUCUAAAGUGUAGUGCGAACACAAGUACCCUAACCACAGGAACCAAACUGAAACCAGGACCCAUACUCACAAAGCAUUUUCCACAAAACAAAACUGUGCUUUUAAAUGGCUUUCAUUAAGAAAUGGUGCAAAACUAGCACGAUGGUAAAUGCUUUGUUUCUUAUGUGUUUUUAAUAUUUGAAUUGGAGUGAGCUAAUACUGAUCUGAAGGCUUUUAGAAUCCAGCCCGAUUUUUAUUUUGUACAUGGAUUUAAAAAUGUGCUUUUGCGUGGUUUGCCUGGCAGGCAUCUGCUCCAUCGUCCUUCCAGGGAUCCGCCCUGUAAAACGGUGUUCCUCUCCCUGCACAUUUCAACGAAGCACAGCCACACAAGCUCUGCUCCGUAUUAUUUAUUAUAUUAUACUUUCCCUGUUUUAUUCAAUUGCACGCUGCAGUGUUUUGUGAUAGAAUUAAUAGCAGAGACAUUUAUUUUUUUGCGUGCUUUGGUUUGGCGGUUCUUCCCUGCGAGGUGGGGUUAUUAAUAAGCUGGAUGAAGUGCUGAACUUGGGCCUGUGUCACAGUAUGAAUUGGCUUUUUCAGGACCAAGCUUGACUCGAGUCUGAAAUGAGCGCAGACUGGCACAGCAACGCUGGCAAUGAAAACCAAGCUGUUGCACACGUGAACAAGAGACUCUGAUGUCACUUUCAGAACACUCAGUAGCUAUCUUUGUGUAUCUAGUUAUCAGUGAAGCUUCCAUUCUGACUGUUGAACAGCAAGAUUCACCCUAUAGUGCCUGUGGUACACAAUUGUGUACAUAUAUAUAUAUAUAUAUAUAUAUAUAUAUAUAUAUAUAUAUAUAUGGCUAACUGUAGGGGGCAGCACCAAGCCUUGGCUAGUGCGUGGCAGUUUGAUUGAUUGUUUUGCCUCCUCUGAACCACGUUGUGAGGGAGACAGGUUGGUCAGAUUUUCAACUUUUUAUAAAAAACACCUAAAUGAACAGCAGGUGAGUGUGCCAGAGUGGGGUGUGUAAGUACCAUGUUGUAAAAGCUAACUACAGUUUUCACAAUCUGUAAGAAAACUGUGUUCUGAACCCUACCUUUGUAAGAAACAAAAAGCACAUCAAUGAUGUAAUUCCUGCAAAUUGUAAUAAUAAAAGUGUCAGCGAGCAGCUGCUGUGAAAAUGA